AAACACCAGUGAGCAUCUGCGCGUGCGCGAAGCUCUGCGCUGUGAAAGCGCCGCCUGUGGGCCCCUUAUUAGCUUUCAGUGACAGGAGAAGCAGCACAACGACUGCCUCCAUCACCUGGAUACAUACAGAACAGGAGGCCUCCCCCACUUUGUUCUCUACAAGCAGCGGGGCCGACGGCUUGAAGAUCGUUUUCGUUGUGAAGGUGCCAUUGCUGUGACCCAAGUUGCAUCACCAUGCCAGUGUGGGGGCAGUGCCCAACGGGGCACCCUCAUCUCCUCCGCUUCUAGGGGAUCCGCGUCCCCUUCCAAAGCCACUGUACCCCGUCCUACACCCAGUAACAUGCCUCAGGGAAGCGCACAGAGCUGGCAGCAACAGCCAAUGCAAGUGAGCCCCAGGAGUGUGAUCCUCAGUUGCCGAGAGGUUGACAGGAGAGCGGCCCUCCUUUUCCAGCUGGUGCCCAGCUCUUGACUCUCACCCCUUCUCUUUCCCCUCCGAACCCCCAGCACCGCCGCUUCAUCUAUUGCUUCCAGCACCUCAACAUGGAGUCCGUGGGCAAGUUUGAGUUCAGCCGGAAGGAUCUGAUCGGCCAUGGAGCCUUUGCUGUUGUUUUUAAAGGCAGACAUAAAGAGAAGCAGGAUUUGGAAGUAGCGGUGAAAUGCAUCAACAAGAAGAACUUGGCAAAGUCUCAGACUCUCCUAGGAAAGGAAAUCAAAAUACUGAAGGAACUGAAACAUGAGAAUAUUGUAGCUCUUUAUGAUUUUCAGGAACAAGCCAAUUCAGUCUAUCUGGCUAUGGAGUAUUGCAAUGGUGGAGAUCUGGCAGAUUACCUUCACACCAUGCGGACACUUAGUGAGGACACCAUCCGGCUUUUCCUCCAGCAGAUAGCAGGCGCCAUGAAGAUGUUGCACAGCAAGGGCAUCAUUCACCGUGACCUGAAACCCCAGAACAUACUCCUAUCUUGUUCUGGGGGGCGCAAGUCCAACCCCAACAAUAUUCGCAUUAAGAUUGCUGAUUUUGGCUUUGCGCGAUAUCUGCAGAACAAUAUGAUGGCAGCCACUCUUUGUGGGUCUCCAAUGUACAUGGCUCCAGAAGUCAUAAUGUCCCAGCACUAUGAUGCCAAGGCAGACCUAUGGAGCAUUGGCACCAUCAUAUACCAGUGCCUAACGGGCAAGGCUCCUUUCCAGGCCAGCAGCCCUCAAGAUCUUCGUCUGUUCUAUGAGAAAAACAAGAACCUGACGCCCAACAUCCCCAGAGAAACAUCAUGUCAUCUGAAACAGCUGCUAUUGGGACUCCUGCAGCGGAAUCAAAAGGAUCGAAUGGAGUUUGAUGAAUUUUUCCACCAUCCAUUCCUAGAUGCAGGCUCCUCUAUGAAGAAAUCUGUGCCUGUGCCAAUGCCAUCAUAUCCAAGCUCAGGAUCUGGAAGCUCUUGUAGCAGCUCCUCCACAUCACAUCUGGCGUCUCCACCUCAGUCCCUGGGAGAAAUGCAGCAAAUACAAGGGAAACCAUUGGUGUCUCCUAUACCUGACUCUCCAGGGUUUCUUCAAGCUUCCAAGGAGUCUGCUGAAAGCAGCAGCAAAAAUUCUUCAUGUGACACAGAUGACUUUGUGAUGGUGCCCGCCCAGUUUCCUAGUAUGCCAGGUGAUCUUGCUUCUGAGGCCACUACAAGCAAACCUAUCCAGGAUACAUUAAUGUAUAGCGGAUCGCUGCUAACAUCUACAGGCCUAGAGAGUCGCGCUCGUACACCUUCACCAACGCCUACAUAUAGCUGUUCUCCAGGCCCUGCCAGACUGGCCCAACCUUCAAGCAAUAGGUAUGGACAGUCAGUCCCCAUUCCUGUUCCAACACAGAUCCAUAAUUACCGACGUAUAGAGCAAAAUCUGCAGUCUCCAAACCAGUUCACACCACCUAGAGCUGGAAUGGUGUGCAAGUCUAGUAGCACGAGCCCCAUCAGCUUCAUGAAAGUUGGCACAUCCCCUCCUUCCCACAUGGAGAACACGUCUGCCCCCACACCGAGGAGGCUUUCAUUUGGUGGGGCAAAACCAUACACACCAUCCCCACAAGUGGGAACUAUCCCAGAGCAGCCUGGACAAAGCAUCACUGUAAGCCCAGCAGGAACUGAGAUCCGGAACAGAAGUCCUGUUUAUGGUAUUCCUGUACCUGCACAUAACUCCCGUGGAAUGGGAUCUCGACUUCACAGUGCCCCAAGCCUGUCAGAUAUGCAAUCCUGUGGACAAAAAAUCAAGAAACAGUACUCUGAUCCUGUGAUGCCCCAAGAUGCUGUUCCCCAGCCCAGUCAGCCACAGCAGAUCAACAGCCUGCAGCCAACCCGUCCUCUCCGAUCCUCCCCAAAGUUAUCAGACUUCAUGCAGAGAAGUCCUCUACCUACUAUAUUAGGCUCACCUACAAAGAGCAUAUCACCAUUUGAGUUCACAAGGGGUCCCAGCUCCCAAAAUCUGCUGGCUCUGCUCGCUCACCAGGGAGUGAUGGUCCCACCCACCAGGAAUAAGACUCUCCCUGAUCUGAAGAACAUGGGUCAUUUUCACUGCCAGCAAAACAAUGUAGGCCUGCGUCCAUUAGAAGAAGUGAAAGGACCAUUUGGCAGGUCCUUUAGUACUGGAAAACUGACAGAUCUAUUGCUUAAGGCUGCAUUUGGGACUCAGGCUGAGAUUGGAAGCAAUGAAAGCCUCAAUGCAGAGAAACCCAUGGAAAUUGCAGCUCCUUUGAUUGGCUUCGGAGGAAAUUUGCCCAGUGGUGCACAGGCCGGAUGUUCCACCAGCCCCGCUCCUGUCAUUUUUACUGUUGGUUCACCCCCAGAUGGAACAACCACUGCCCAAGCAAGGACCCGGCUUUUCUCUGUGGGAUCUUCCAGCUCUCAGAGCUCAGCAGGCUCUUUUACUGGAAGGCAUCUUUUGGGUGGAGCAGGAGGAGAAGCCUUUGAAUCACCAUCCAGCUUCAGGUGCACCUAUCCUGAUCCUGGGACAGCUAAUGCUGAGGGUGUUGUAAUGUUUGAGGUGCCUGAACUGCCUGAAGAAACUCUUAUGGAGCAGGAGCACACGGACACCUUGCGCAGUCUCCGCUUCACAUUGGUCUUUGCCCAUUCUGUUAUGGAGAUUGCAUCUCUCAAAGGAACCACUGCAGAUGUGGGUGCAUCGGUGAUGUCUGAAUAUCAGAUGCAAGAAAGUGUUGUGGCCGAUCAGAUCAGCCUCCUGAGUAGGGAGUGGAGUUAUGCGGAACAGCUCGUUCUCUAUCUGAAGGCUGCUGAGCUUUUGUCCUCUGGAUUACAGACCGCUAUGGAACAGAUCCGAACUGGAAAGCUAUGCCUCUCCUCCACUGUUCGACAAGUGGUGAAGAAACUGAAUGAGCUGUAUAAGUCCAGUGUAUCUUUCUGUCACUGCCUGAACGGAAGGCUCCAGAGGUUCUUUGCUGACAAACAAAAGCUAAUGGAUCGGAUAAACAGUAUCACAGCAGAGAAGCUCAUCUUUAGUUAUGCUGUGCAAAUGGUACAAACAGCAGCCCUGGAUGAGAUGUUCAAUCAUCGGGAGGACUGUGUGCAGAGGUACCACAGAUCUUUGCUGCUGAUGGAUGGUUUACUGAGCUUCAUGAGUGAUCAGAGUGACAUCGAGAACAUUAGCAAAUGUAAGCUGUGCAUUGAACGAAGACUGUGUGCCCUGCAGGGCAGUAUUUGUGCUUGAGUUUAUCUUCAUUCCCACUCAAGCAUUUUUCUCAGCAGUCAUCCUGAGGCCAGCUUAGUUCUACUAGGAAUCAGAUGCACUUGGCAGUGUUCUAUCAAAGACAUUGAGGAGACAUCCAUGUUUAUUUUCUAAUUUUUAACAUUUGCCAAGAUAACGAAGGCGGCCACGGAAAAUAUUUAUUCUUUAUAUAACUGUAUUGCACCUUGUUCCUCUAGUCCUUGUCGCCCUCAUCACUGCAGUGUGCUCAUCGUUGCCUCUCCCUCUGCCAUAGAACAACCAUAAUCAGCGGUCAAAGGAGCUGCCAAUCUGAACUGUACUGUAGAGCUGCUCAUUUGAGAGUCCUUGGACUUCAGCUCUUACAUGCCACAGCUUUUGGAAAUGAGAACUGCUGGUGAGUGGAAGGGAAAAAAAGCCUUAGGAAACAGAGUUUCCACUUAAACAAAAUGAAGUCAAGACCUUCUAGUUCUUUACAAGAGAAGAAGCAUAGGUAGACCAGGAGCAAUUGAAGUGCUGUCACAACUAUUAAUAUGUUGGAAAGAGCCACAAGAAUGCAGCUGGUUUGCAGUGUACUUUGUAAUUCCCCGCUCCGUCAUGCAGACUUUGCAAUGUUAAUUUGAUCUGGAUGUUGAUCAGAUCUUCAACUUGAUGACUUUAAGGCUUUGUUUGCACAAGACUGUACAAGCCUGAUCUCUCUUUCAUUGGACUAUUAAUAUCUUUGAAACGUUAGGGGCAAUAUUUUGUGAUCUUGUGAAGACAACCACAUCUUUCAGUAAUGCAAGCAGAUGGAGCCCAGGAAUACAUGGAUACAGGAAGGAUCAUACAGAAGACUUUGUAAUUUAUACACUUAAAAGUGUUCAUAGCUUUCCUUCAUUGAUCUCCUUACAAUGCACUUGAAUGUCACUCUGGAUUUCCCUGUGUUAAAAGUCCACUCUAACUAAAGAAUAUUGUGCUGCUCAGAUCUCACUACAGCUUCAGAGACUGGACCUAUCCUGGACAA